AGGUCAUCUUCAAAUAAGAUGAAACCAUCUGGGUCAUGGAGCAGUCACUUCUCUAGGAAGGCAGCCUUGGCCACGGGGUCAUGCCUCGGAAAGCCCAGGAUAUGUGGAAUCCUUUCCCCUUGGCUUACUGUAAUUUAGGCAGUCUUUCUAGGCUUUCCUCAAAUCACACAUUUGUUGUUUACAAACAACAUGUGCAAAGCGCUGUGCUAGGUUUGGUGGGAGUGCAAGAUGGGAAACAUGGAGAUAUACAAGACUCAGGCCCUGCCCUCAAGGGCCUUUGAAAUGCAGGAUUUACGCAGAUGAAAUAUAGAUGUGCCCACAAGAGAAGUCAAAAUAGAUCCCAUUCAGAGCAGACAAUAAGGACUACAGAGGUCAGAGGAGACAGAGAUCACUCCUGGGGAAGGUAUUCUUCAAAGGCUUCAUGGAGGAGGCACUUCUCACCCAGUUAUCAUAUGGGGAGUAGAGAUUUGCUGAUGCAUUAUGAAUGUUUUGCUAUCUAAAUUUGAAUAUUUCUCUUUUUCUCCCCCACUAAAACCUCAAAGAUGGAUGUUACUGGAAAUAAACCUGGCAUCUCAUCCCCUGAUGGAGUCAUGGAUGUUGAUGAGGCCAAUGUUCCUAGGAUAGUCCUGGUUGGGAAAACUGGACAUGGGAAAAGUGCAACAGGGAACACUCUCCUUGGGAAGGAACUUUUUGCAUCUGGUGUAUCAGCAAAUUCUACGACCAAGACCUGCCAGAAAGAAGUUGCAUCCUGGAAAGGGAAAGGUUUUCUUGUUGUUGAUACACCUGGGCUGUUUGACACAAAGAAAAGCUUAGAAACCACUUGCAAUGAAAUCAGUCGUUGUGUCAUCUAUUCCUGUCCAGGGCCACAUGCCAUCAUUCUGGUUCUGCAACUGGGUCGAUACACUAAGGAAGAAAAACAUUCUGUCUCUUUGAUUAAGGCACUCUUUGGGAAGUUGGCCAUGAAUUACAUGAUCAUCUUGUUCACACGGAAAGAUGACUUGAAGAAUGAGAAAUUAGACAACUUUUUAAAAGAAUCUGAAGACCUUCAAAGUCUUAUCCAUGAGUGUGGUGGAAGAUACUAUGCCUUCAAUAACAAAGCAGAGGGCAACGAAAGAGAAGUCCAAGUGAAAGAGCUGCUGGACCUGAUUGAGAAAAUGAUGCAGAAUAAUAAAGGAAAGCAUUUUUCGGAUAAAAUAUAUGAGAAAACUAAUGAGGCACUAAAAAGAAGAAGGAGGGCCCUGAAGGAAAUCUAUACCCAAGAAAGAGAUGAUGAAAUACAAAUUAUAGAACAAGAAUAUGCUAAUGAAUCUUCUCUCACAGAAGAGCAAAUAAGGGAAAAGCAAGAAAGAAUAAAAAAGGUUGAGAGGGAGUAUGAAGAAAAAAUGAAAAAUAUAAAUGCAGAGGCUGAGAGGACUGUAUUUGAACAAGUUGUUCAGUUUGUAAAGGAUUUGAUUUGUAAAAUUUCUGGUUGGUUCAAGAAAUGAUGGUUUGCCUGGUUUGUUUAUUUUUUUAUUUAGUUUCCAUUAAUUUCUUCAUAAAUAUUGAUAUCUUGGAUUUACAGAACUGUGAACUUAUGAAAUAGAUAGAAUUGAGUCCUAAUUCCCAUUAUGUUACUCAAAGAUAAAGGAUUUUCAGGCAAGGAAAACUAUGCAUGGGUCCCAGUAUAUAGAUCUUUCUCUUACAUCAAACUUCCUUUUUUCUCAAUUACUGUGCAAAACAAAACUGCUGAAUAAAAAGUAUUUUUCUUUGGCCUUGUA